AAGCUUUUCUUGAAGUACUUGAAGACUUUCAAGAGUUAACAACAAUAUUGAGUGAUGCUAAAUAUCCAACUCUUAAUUUAAUUUAUCCACAUGUUAAAUCCAUUUUUGAAGAAUUGGAAAUUUUGAAUGUCUUGAAUGAUUUGAAUAUUGAUUUGACUGUCAACAAAAUUUCUAUUCCAGUUUUGAACAACAAUACAAAUACGAUUUUUAACGAAUUACCUAAUUUUGAAUUGCAAAAAACUGAUGAUAUUGAAAUUAAUGACUAUCAAGAAACACCAAUUGGUUCAAAGAAAAAGAAAAGGCUCGAUCUCAACAUAUCACAAAGAACAGAAGAAAUGCUAAAUCAAAUAAAAAAAGAACUUUACCAGUCUCUUAAACAAUAUUGGCAAUUUGACAACGAGUUGUCUCUUGUAAGUUGUUUGUUAGAUCCUUGUGUUAAAAAUCUAGAAUUUUUAACCUCUGCACAACAAAUCGAAAUAUGGAAUUUAAUUCAAAAUAUUUAUAAUGCUAAAUUACAAAUUAUUCUAAUUUUCAACUCUCUCAUAACAAAUAAUCAAUCAAACGAAAAUACUCAAGAAUUUGACAAAAACAGCAAUCGAUACCGCCAAAAAAAAAAACUUAGUGACAAAGUGUAUAAGAUAACCCCCAGUAAUAUUUCAUUUAUAAAUGAUGAAAUUACCCAAUAUGAUAAUAUGUGUCAAGUAAUGCAUGAG